ACAUCAAAGGAACUUCACGUUGGUGUUGGUCAUGCACAGACAUGUGAAGAUCAUCCUCUAGCAUGCCAGAGGACCACAACGUGUGCUGAGCUCCGACUGAGCACACUCCCCUGAAAGCAUGGAGCCGGACAUGCAGAUACUGGACACCGGUCACUCACGACCGUCUAACGACAAAGUUAACAAUGACGACAACAUAUCCAAGAUGGCCGCCAAGCCACGGCGUGAAGGAUGCCGGUCCAAGUUUACGUCCUGUCGAUGGCAGACUGGUUACCUGACGUUAUUCUGCUCAUUGCUGCUGUUUGCGUUCAGGCACUCGUUCAGCUUUGCUGUAGUGUGCAUGGAAACAGGCAACGUUGGCGGCAGCAACAUCACAGGGACAUACAAUACAACUGAUAGCAGUGCCGGUGCCAGUGUCAACAUUGUCAACCCGUAUAUCCCUGCUGACCUCCGAGGUUUGGUGCUUUCCUGCUACUUCUACGGGUAUCUAUGGACGCCUCUGAUUGGUGGAUAUCUCGCUGCUAGAUUUGGGCCGAAGCUUAUGAUUGGUCUAUCUAUGGCGGUGUCUGUGGUUGUCAUGGUGCUCCUGCCAAUCAGCAUCCGGACUAAUGUGUACAUUACCGUAGCCCUGCGUGUUGCCAUGGGGUUUGCUUCGGGAGUUAUACUGCCAUCACAGCAAGUAUUAUGGUCAAACUGGGCCCCCAUUUCGGAAAAGGCUCAACUUGCUGCGACAUCAAAUUCAGGUGUGAACCUUGGCAGCAUCGUGGCGACUGCCAUCUCCGGGUUCAUUUGUCAGAUACCAGUGGAUGAAGGAUGGCCUCUCACUUUCUACACAUAUGCUGGAGCGGGUGUGAUGUGGCUGGUAUUGUGGCUGCUGUUCGUGCACGAUGCUCCAGAGCGUCAUCCCAGAUGCUCCAAGGACGAAAAGCAGCGCAUCUACUAUGGCAAGACCUCAAUCAAGUCCUCAUCUAAGCCUCUGCCGUGGAGGAAGACGUUCCGCUCCUUGCCGUUCUGGGCCCUGGUCGUCAACCACGUGUCGCACUCCUGGAUCAUGUCUUCAAUACAAACCUUCCUGCCCAUGUACAUGAACGAUGUCCUCAAGUUCGAAAUAAGCGCGAACGGCAUCCUGUCAUCACUCCCGUACAUUGGUCGUUUCUUCGGCGGCCUCUGUUUUGCGUACCUCGCCGACCUCGUGCUACAGAAGACGGCCCUCAGCGUCACAGUCAACAGGAAGAUAUUCCAGACACUAGGUACAUUUGUGCCGGGAGGGUUGCUGAUUGGCCUCAGCUACCUGACCUCUGACCAGAGAAUGUUGGCAGUAGGGCUGAUGGUGAUCACCAUGACAACACAGGCCUUCACCAUGGCUUCCUUCAGGGUCAACCACCUCGAUAUAGCGCCGAGGUAUGCUGGCCAGGUGAUGGGCUUCACCCUGACGUGUGGGUGCUGUGCAGCCAUCAUAUCCCCCCUCGUCAUCUCCGCCAUGACAAUAGAUAGAACACGGGAACAGUGGCAGCGGGUGUUCUUCCUGACAGCGGGUAUCGUCAUGGCCGCUGACGUUGUCUUCCUCGUCUUUGGCAGCGGAAAGGAACAGGACUGGGCCAAGGAGGUCCCUACUGACGUCAUCCCCUCCGUCACUUCCGGUGUCGACGUCUCAUCGACUAGUACGACAGGUGCCCAGAACAGGAACAAAGGAACUGAAACACCAGAAGACGACACUGCACGCCGUCAACGUUCAUUUGAAACGUCGGAUCUGAACACGUCGAUAAAUGGAGUAAUCAACGCCGGGUUUGACCUCUCUGGUGACUUGGGCGACAAAACAAGCCACGGACCGGGGAUCAUUGUCUCCGAUUCACGUGAAUCAAGGAGUGAGUCAUGCGAUGACGGAGCGGUCAGUAACCAUGGUAACAGCUCUCAACAAGUAACUCGGCUUUAAUUCCUGAGAUUUAAUAGAAUUGAUAUGCAGUGCGGAUGAGUGAUGAUAUCUCCUCGUGGUUACCGUAACAAGAGAGAGACGUGAUGCCAUCGUCCGCCGUGAUUGGUGCCAUAAUUCCUCUCUGUAGAACCUAGAUUAAAUGUUACAAAUAAAGAUAAAACUGUC